AUGGGCGGUAUUGGAAAGACCACAGUUACUCAACUGGUGUAUAAUGAUAGGAGAGUGGAGGAAUGUUUUGACCUUAAAGCAUGGGUUUGUGUUUCAGAUGAAUUUGAUCUUGUCAAGAUAAUGAAAACCAUUCUUAAGGCAAUCAAUUCUGGGACUUCUAAUGACAAUGAUUUGAAUCUGCUUCAACUUAAAUUAAAGGAGAGCCAUAGCAGGGAGAAAUUCUUACUUAUCCUUGAUGAUGUUUGGAAUGAAGACUAUAUUAACAGGUGGGUAAGAGUUGAAGGCAAAGCAUGUGCUCUUGCAGGCCACUACCCGCCUGUUGUCGUGAGAUCUCACUUGGAGACCCACCGGACACAUGGUGUUGAGAAGGUUGACGUUGGAAAGAUGAAAGGUGGGGAUAAUCUCGGCUGGUGA